AUGGUCCACAAAGUCUCCAAAAAGCUGCUCAAGAUUAAAAAUCAGGUAAUCUGUUUCCCAUCUGUCGCUGAGCUGGAGGACAUAGGAAAUGGAUUUGCUCGUCUUGCAGGGUCCCCUGCGUUCUCCAAGGUAGUGGGCAGUAUCGAUGGUUGCCACAUAAGAGUAAAACCCCCGUCUGUUGAUUCCCAGUGUUACACCAAUCGGAAACUGUUUCCAUCAAUCCAAUUACAGGCUGUCUGUGACCAUCAGGGCAAGUACAUGGACAUUUUCACCGGCUACCCAGGAUCUGUCCAUGACUCAAGGGUAUUGACAAACAGCCCAAUAUACACCAGGCGGCUGUAUCCACCCCAAGGUUUUUAUAUUCUUGGGGACGGUGGGUACCCAUGUCUCUCUGCCCCCAUCACCCUUAUCACUCCCUACAAGGAGCCAGUCCUCCUGGCAACAGCCCAACGGUUCAACCGUCACCACGCCAAGGCAAGGUCCAUCAUCGAGCGCUCGUUUGGCAGCAUGAAAACUCACUGGAGAGCGAUUUUCCUGAAGGCACUGGAGGUAAAACCAACCUUCUCACCAGAUGUCAUCGCCUGUUGCACCAUACUCCACAACAUUUGCCUGUCAAACGGUGACAUUAUGGAGCCGGCAGAGGAGGUCCUCAGACCUGAUGACAAUGUGGAUGAGCCACAUCACCACCUGGAUCAGCAAAGUGGGGAGCACAUCAGGGAACGCUUGGCAGCAGCUGUCUCUGCUCCUGAUGGUCCAGUGGCAGCUCUGGAGGACCACGAUUACUACUGA